UCUAAUUUUUCAUUGCUAGUAAUUAUCCGAAUUUUUGGUGGUUUUAGAGAGAUUCAUAUUUUUUCUGCGCUUUUUUCCAUUCAUACUUUUUAUAUUCAGAUCUUUUAAUACUAGUUUGUUUUUGUAGUAUACUCAAGAAUGUGUUGUCUGUCACUGCUGUGUUCAUUCAUAAAGAUGCAAGCUUUUUUAUUUUCUAUUUUUCCUGUCCAUCUGGGUGUUUGAGGAACCAAUGCAGUCUUCCAUGGAUUUUAUUAUACCUCCCAGCCAGCCCUAGCACUCCAGACUUUUUUUUUUCUUUUUUAAAAUUGCAUCAUUACUUUAAUAGGAUAAGAUAAUGGGCCAAUCACAUUGGAUUCACAGCUCUAAUGUACUGUAGGCUCACGAUACAGCACUUGUAAUAUGAGCCUUAUAUACCCACGAAAAAGUGUGCUAAGCAUUUUUGCACAACUCCGGCAGUGAUGGCGUUCCAAUUAUUUCACUUUCUGUGCCCUUGUUAACUGAAUAAUUGUUUCUGCUGUGCUUUUUGUCACAUUAGGAAAGCAGAAAUCUAUAUGCAGAUCACCAGACAGUUGUGCAGAGGUUGGAUUGUUCACAUCUGGAACUCAUUUCCCUGGCUGUCUCCAUUAGCAAAUGCAGCAUUUUAUUGUUCGGAGCAGCACAUCAACCUGCACUGAACAAAGAACCAACUUUUUCGCCGGCAGUAGACAGAACACCCACUGCAGAUUUAAGAACUUUUACUGUUUUUGAAUGCAGUUACGGAGGUUGAACUGAAAGAAAAUCAACUUUAUUAUUGAAACAAUGUCUGAUACCAAAGACUGUCCUGAAAGGAAUCAUCAUUGGUGAUCCAGUUAAAUUUGUCCUUAUGGCUGUUUUUAAGAGAAUUAACCAGAUUCUUCUGUUUCUGCUUGUAUUGGCAUUUUUUGCAAUAUGGUACAGUACAGUAUACAAGGUUUCCAGACACAAAGAAGAUGAAGAUGCAGAUGAAGAAACAGAGGAAGAUGUCAUUCCAGUUGUUAUAUGCGCUGCCAGGAAUCGCAUGGGGGCAACCAUAGCUGCAAUCAACAGCAUCUACAGUAACACUGAAGCCAAUGUGCUGUUCUAUAUAGUUGGCUUGAAAAAUUCAGUAGUGCACAUAAGGAAAUGGAUUGAGGGCACUCAGUUAAAUAAAAUACAUUUUAAAGUAGUGGAAUUCAAUCCAUUGGUGCUUAAAGGCAAAGUGAGACCUGAUGCAGCUUUCCCUGAGCUUCUCCAGCCUUUGAACUUCGUUCGUUUUUACUUACCACUCCUCAUCCAAGAACACGAGAAGGUGAUUUAUCUGGAUGAUGAUGUCAUUGUAUUAGGGAACAUCCAGGAGCUUUACGAGACAAAAAUAUCUAGAGGACACGCAGCUGCAUUUUCUGAGGAUUGUGAUUUACGUACAGCACAGGAUAUAGUGCACAAAGAAGGCAUACAGAACACAUAUAUGGGUUUUCUCGACUACAGAAAAAAAGCCAUUCAGAAUCUUCACAUCAGUCCAAGCACCUGCUCGUUCAACCCAGGAGUGUUUGUGGCCAAUUUGACAGAGUGGAGAGAGCAACAUAUCACCAAACAGCUGGAGAAAUGGAUGAAGAAAAAUGUUGAAGAAAAUCUCUAUAGCAGCAACAUUGGUGGUGGUGUGGCCACUCCUCCCAUGCUCAUUGUGUUUCAUGAAAAAUACUCACCUGUUACCCCAUACUGGCACAUUCGAUAUCUGGGUUGGAACCCUGAUAGCCCUAUGCCUGAGAAUGUUCUUCGGGAAGCAAAACUGCUCCAUUGGAACGGAAGAUACAAGCCUUGGCAACAUGCCCAUUCCCAUGCCGAUCUGUGGGACAAAUGGUUUAUCCCUGAUCCCACCGGAAACUUUCAGAUACGCAAACUCUAACACCUAGAACUCAAAAUGCCAUGCAAAUUGCUGGCUUAAAAUAAACACCAAGCCUACAAUUCCUUCA